AUUGCAUAGCUCUGAUCAUUUGGUCUUUGAAUUCAUAUUGACAAAUAGAUCUUGUGAUUGCAGGCUUUGGACCGAAUCUGAAAGGUUACUGGAGAGAAACAUCUGAGCAGCAGAAGCCUCAGUUGAAUUGCAUCACUGUCUGGGAGAAACAACAGUGCUGUUUCUUUCCAGUGGGAAAGCGCAGCUCAGAUGCGAAAGCUGUGAAUGGAAACACGACGCAUUAUGUUAAUCAAUUUAAAUGCAUUAAUGGCAGAUGUAAAAAUCACCCCCCGCCCCCACUCGCACCCUGCAACGUCACACAGCGGUAUGACUAUAAAAAUGAGGAACACAAGCCAAACCCCAUCCCCUCCCUCACAACCUCACUCUCUUUCACUCUGUUUUCCAUCUGAGGAGUUUGUUCAAGGGUUCAGAGAGUGAGAGGACGGAUGCUGGCUUAUUACUGCUGCCAUUACCUGACAGCUCUUUAUCUGAACUAAACGCACACAUUGCUGCUUUUACCUGCCAUCUGGACUAUUUUUGUAUUUUUCAAGCCUAAUGCUCCAACAUUCAUAGAGCUUCAAGACAACGUAAAGUGAAGUACCGCAGUAUCAUGACCAGGAAGGUGUUCACCAACACCCGUGAGCGCUGGCGCCAACAUAAUGUCAACACAGCCUUCGCAGAGCUGCGGAAACUCAUCCCCACACACCCGCCCGAGAAAAAACUCAGCAAGAAUGAGAUCCUGCGGCUGGCCAUGCGCUACAUCAACUUCUUGGUGACUCUGCUGGAGAGCCAAGGAGGAGAGCCGUCAGCUCACUCGCAAGCUGCGCUCCUCACACUGAUCACGGGGAACAUGCAGAAGCUGCGCACCGACCGCACCUGGACCAGCGACACCGACCCGCCCUCACCCGGGUCCAGCUGCGACAGCUCAGAAGCCUGGUAGAACGAAACUGAAGCAUGAGCGCUCUAUGAAAGGAUUCUGUGAUUGUGAUGUUUUUGAAAGUUCCGUUGCCAUGGAGAGACAAAGCUGGAUUUUUGGAACUCGGAAUGUUCGCUAUGACAUCACAAUCACUCAUUUCUUCCGAGCUUUUCUUUUAAACGAAUGAUCUGUGGAAACCCAGAAACACUUUAUUCAGUAGUACUGCUGUAAUUAAGCGGGAACCCUGAACAACAUAUGCAUGGUCAAGGAUGCACUUGGGAAGCAUCUCCCCGAUACUUUUUAGUAUUAAUGUCAUUUCAUUUCCUUGACUGAAUUAACACUCAAGAAUGUUUUGUUUGAGACUGAAGGCAGCCUCAGAAUUGAAACGUUUAUUUAUUUGAUUGUAUUUAAUUUUCUAUUUAUUAUUUAUGCUUUCAGUGGAUUCCGCACAUGUGACUAGUUGUACAUUAAAUUGUAAUUUAUUAAAUUGAAAAAUGUUAUUGUUUACUCUGCAUUCACAAAUACAAAAUAUGUUUUGCCAAAUUGUUUUGGUGUGUUUGCACAAAUUCUUUUUGUGUGUUCUUUAUUCAAAAGUGUGAAUUGUUUUUCUCAAUAGUCAAAUUGAUUGGAAAUUAUUUAUUGGAUUAAUUUAUUAGUCUGUUUGAUAUUAAAAUGCCUAAAAACAAUCUGCAUAUUCACUAAACU